GGGAUAGGUCGACGAGUGAGUUGUACUACACUAGUUCCAAAUAAGCUGAGAUUAGCAUAUAGUCGGUGUAGUCCAGUCUCUGUUUUUCUGGUGUGAUGCUUAAGUGUGCCAGCUGGGGAGACAGGCUUCUUAGGGACGAGUGAGUUGUACUCCACGAAUUUUCCCAAACACCGACUUUUUCUUUUGGGGUCAAUUUUAAAGCCCAAUACGAGGCCCGGUGAUGAUAGCAAACCGAAUCAAAAUCCCUGCACUUGUUUUCUAAAACAAGACCAAAUCAAUGCCUUCAACUUGAGCAGUGUCCUUCCUUUUUCGCGUUUAUAGGGGUGAAAAGAAGUCAAGAGUGGGUAUCUCUUAGCUGCUAUGAAGGUUAUCCGCUGUCUACUGAGCUGUUCUCGUCAUCUCUACUGAACAAGAGUCUUCCAACUUCUCUUUCAUUCCACAGAGCACCCACCGCUUCUGAUCCGAUCGCACUGCUGCCUACGAUUUCUUCAAUUUCGGAACAAAAGCCUGCUGAUAUGAAGCAAAGAGACCCACCCAAGUCCCAUUACAAGUUGGAUGUCGAGCUGGAUAGGCUCAGCAAUUUACCAUGUCAUAUUAUAGAUCAGAUUUUGCAACAUAUGCCUAUAAAGGAGGCAGUGAGGACGAGUGUUUUGUCAACCAAAUGGAGGUACAAAUCAUCUGCGCUCGGCCAUCUUGUGUUUGAUCAUCAGUGUGUCUCUGGUCGAAACCAAACAACCUUUGUGAACAUUGUUGAUCAUGUUCUCUUAUUGCACACUGGUCCCAUACACAUGUUCAAGCUUUCAAAUCGAGACUUUCUUGCUACUAGUGACAUUGACCGCUGGAUUCUUUAUCUCUCAAGAUGCUCUGUUAAAGAGUUCAUACUUGAAAUCUGGAAAGGGCCUCGCUUCACAAUUCCUUCGUGUUUGUUUUCUCUACAAGAAAUGACUCAUCUGGAGCUAUUUAAUUGUUUACUAAAACCAUCCUUGACAUUCAAGGGCUUUAGGAGUUUGAAGAGCUUAGAUAUUCAGCAUGUUACCUUGGCCCAAGAUGUGUUUGAAAAGCUGAUUGUUUGCUGUCCUCUGCUUGAGAGAUUGACUUUGAUGAACUUUGACGGUUUCACUGAUCUCAACAUUGAUGCUCCGAAUCUCCAAUUCUUUGACGUCGGAGGUUCUUUUGAGGAUGUUAAUUUUGUGAAUACCUUGAACCUUACUGUUGUUUCCAUUGCUUUGUACGAGCAUGGACCCAAUCAACAAAGACGGUCUCCUCGUAAUUCUGGCAAUUUGGUCAAGGUUUUUGCUCAGCUACCUCAUGUUCAGAGGCUUGAAAUUCAGAGUCACUUUUUAAAGUAUUUGGCUGCUGGUGUUGUGUCAGGAAAGCUGCCUAAACCAUGUCUAGAUCUGAAUUUCCUUUCUAUACGCGUUUACUUCAGUGAUUGGGAGGAGGUUUUAACCGCUGUAUUCCUUCUGCGAAGCUCCCCUUCACUGCAAGAACUAGAAAUUUUGGUCCGCCCUGAUGAACAGCCUGCUGCUGGAAAAACCAAUUUUUCAGUAAAUGACAACUGCAAUGGCCCAUUUGCCCAACUACGACUUGUGAAAAUUAGCGGCAUCUCCGAUAUCGAAAUUCAGGUAGAUUUUAUCAGAUUUCUGCUUUCUAAUUCACCCAUGCUUGAGAAGAUGAUUGUUAAGCCUGCUUCUGUCAAUUGGGAGCUGGUAAAAAAGUUGCUUCGAUUUAAGCGGGCCUCAGCCAAUGCAGAGAUGAUUUACUUGGACCCAUGAUUCAUCAAUUAAUUUGGCAGCUAGGAGUCCUUGCUAACAGAAUUGAACAUGAGUAUUGUACUAGUCUUUGUGAUGUAGAUCCUGUUUUCUGAACAAUGUCUCAGAUAUACUAAGCAACAACCUCUAUAUGGUAUUUGUAAACUCAGAUGUGCCUUCACUUACUUGGCAUUAACAUGCGUAAUGCAUAAGUUUUGGAGACAGUAUUUGCAACUGUCAAGCAGCUAA